UAGCUCGGACCUCUAGGAGAGCAAGCCGCCACCAUCGCAAUAGUUUUGCAUCACCCGAGAAAAAGUAGUCCAGACCAAGGAGCUGUAUAAAUCCAUUACCCAUAUGCAUAUGCACCGGCUCAUCUCAAAGCUCCAACCACGGCAAUGGCGCCAAUGAAGGUGUAUGGGUGGGCCGUGUCGCCGUGGAUGGCGCGCGCCCUGGUGUGCCUGGAGGAGGCCGGCGUGGAGUACGAGGUUGUCCCGAUGAGCAGGUGCGGCGGCGACCACCGCCGCCCAGAGCACCUCGCCAGAAACCCGUUCGGUGAAAUCCCUGUUCUAGAGGACGGUGAUCUGACGCUCUACCAAUCACGCGCCAUUGCACGGUACGUUCUUCGCAAGUACAAGCCAGAGCUUGUCAAGGAAGGCGACCUGGAGGGAUCAGCAAUGGUGGACGUAUGGAUGGAGGUGGAAGCCAACAACAUCGAGCCGACCCUGUGGCCCAUCGUCCGGCACUGCAUCAUCGGCCAGUACGUCGGGCGCGACCGCGACCAGGCCGUCAUUGACGAGAACCUCGAGAAGCUGAGGAUGCUGCUGCCGGUGUAUGAGGCUAGGUUGUCAGUCUGCAAGUACCUAGCGGGGGACGACAUCACUGCCGCCGACCUCUGCCACUUCGGUUUCAUGCGCUACUUCAUGGCCACGGAGUACGCCGGCGUGGUGGACGCGUUCCCGCACGUCAAGGCGUGGUGGGAUGCGCUGCUGGCGAGGCCGUCGGUGCAGAAGGUGAUGGCCGGCAUGCCGCCGGAUUUUGGGUAUGCCAGCGGCAACAUUCCGUAGUGCUGGUGUGGGCGUGGUACGUGACUCUGGUGUAGUGAAUCUGGUCUGGUCACACCCAACCCGUGUGUCUUAUUUCCGUCUACAAAUAAAGUCGUCCAAUCUAUCGCAUGUUUCACUGUUUGUCUGUUUCUAACUAGAACCCGUUCAUUCG